AUGAUGGAAGAAGACAUGAGCAUCCUCUGCCAUGGAGACAAGGGCGGAUUCACGGUGGCAGAUCUCACCUACCAUUUCAACCUAGAGAUCAACCUCUACUCGUUUAGGACUGAUGUCGUCGUCACCAUCGGUGAGAGGUGCUUGUGCUGGGUCGACUACUACCACGUGUCUGAUGGUGACAUCAUUAAGCUCGUCUAUAUUAUUACCAAAGAGCAUCCUUCUCCUUAUCCCUUCACCAUAGAAACAUGGACUUUGGUUGGUAUCCACCAAAGUAGACGGGAGAAGGAUGUCAACUUGACCAUGGGAGCCAGUGAGUUCUUCAAUCUUUUUGACAACGCUGCCAAGAGUUGCCUCCCAUGAGCGAGGCCAAGUUCUAUGGUAAGCUUGGUUGAUCCAGAUAUCAUUUGCUUCCUCCUCAAGGACAAAGGCCGCGACACUUUCUGGAUGGUUCAAGUCAACAUGCAGAAUAAGUUGCUGCUGUCAAGUUCCAUCUAUAUCAACAAAGAAGAAUAA